AUGCGGCCUAGUAAAAUUAUCUACAUCACUGGAAUUCCUUAUGACAAAACAGAAGAACAGGUUCUAGAUAUUGCGAGCUCUGUGGGUCCUGUGGUGUCGUCAAAGCUUCUCUUUGAUAAAGAUACGGGAAAGUCUAAAGGUACAUGUUUGGUGGAAUAUCAAGACAUUGAAACAGCUUCCAGUGCAGUUAGAAAUUUGAAUAAUUAUUCUAUAUCAUCCGAUAAUGGCAAAGGUGGGAGAUACUUGAAGUGCAGCUUUGGUUCUCAGGAUUCAAUACUGAGACUUCUACAGGGAGAUGCUUGGUCCGGUGGUGGAGGCUAUAGAUCAUCUCCUGAGCAGGCGUCCAAAUAUGAAUUGGAACGGGAGAUUCCUCCUCUCCCUGCGGGAAUGAAUGUUGGAGACUCCUCUAUGGAUGGUCUUAAUGCUACUAUUUACCAGGCUUUAACACGUAUGGAUAGAAGCAGGCUACAGAAUUUGGUUAGAGAUGCUCAACUCAUGUCCCAAGGUAAUUCCAAGUUGAUGCAACUUCUUUUGAAUAGAAAUCCCCAAUUGGUGUACGCGUUGGUUCAAAGUGCUCUUUUACUAAACAUCACAAGUCCUGAUAGAAUCAAGGAUCUUCUGGUGGAUCAAGAGGAGGCAAAGUUAAACUCAAAGCUCAACUCAAAGCCCAACUCAAAGACUACUGUUCCAGUGGCUCCAAUGGUUCCAGUGGCUUCGACUGAUCCACCAAACCACACCCUGACACCUCAGCAACUAGAAGCCAUUCGAGCCAUUUGCUCAAUGUCAGAUGAUCAGAUUACUCAGCAAAUUGCCGACACCCAGCAACAGCAGCUGUAUCUUGAGAUUAAACGCAAAUACUCUGGCCUCUCAUAA